AUGGGCUCAAACGAUAACCCUAAGGGCAAAGAGAAGAUCACAACGGAUCCAAGAUUUGCGGGCAUCCAUAAUGACCCAAAAUUCAAGCCAACUAAGUCCAAGAACUUUAAGAUAAAGUUGGAUGAUAGAUUCAGUAAAAAGGAUUUGGAGGUAAGACGUAAAGCAAAAGUUGACAAAUAUGGUAGGAAACUUCCAGCAGAAGAUAAAGAAGCCAUUGAUUUUGAUCGUUACUUCGAAAAAGAAAAAGAUGAUGAGAAAACAAAAUCUGCAAGUGAUUCAGAUGAAGAAGACGACAUCCAAAGUCCUGAAACAAAAGAAGAAACUGAUGCAGAAAAAAAGCUUAUUGACAGAGCCCGUGGGGAAACACCUGUAGAUUACGUUUCCUCCUCUGAUGAAGAGUCUUCUUCGGAAUCAGAAGAAGAUUCAGAAGACAGUGACUAUGAAUCCGAAGAAAUUGAAUUAGAAAGUUCAAAACCUGAUUCAGGGGAUGCUACUAAAACGUUAGCUGUCGUCAACCUAGACUGGGACCACGUGAAAUCUACCGAUUUGUUUGUCACCUUUCAAUCAUUUGUACCUAAAGGAGGCGCUAUCGAAAGAAUUGCAAUCUACCCAAGUGAAUUUGGUAAAGAAAGAAUGCAACGUGAAGAAAUUGAAGGUCCACCAAAGGAACUCUUCCAGUCUAAAAAAUCCAAAAGCUCAGAUAAAGAGGAUAAAUAUGACAUUAAAUCUAUCUAUGAAGAAGGUGAUGCUGAAAAGGAUUUCGAUUCAAAGUCCUUGCGUCGUUAUCAAUUGGAACGUUUAAGAUACUACUAUGCUGUAGUUUACUGCAGUGAUGUUAGCACUGCAGAAUCUAUCUAUCAAAACUGUGAUGGUACUGAAUUUGAAUCCACAGCUAACGUUUUUGAUUUAAGAUAUGUUCCAGAGGGCAUGGAAAUGACAGAUGAACCCAGAGAUGAGUGUACUUCUGUUCCUAAACAUUAUAAACCAAUACAAUUCAGCACAGAUGCGCUUCAACAUUCGAAGGUUAAAUUAACAUGGGAUGAAACGCCAGCAGAUCGUGUAGAAAUUUCCAAGAGAGCAUUCACCCAAAAGGAGAUUGAAGAAAUGGACUUCAAAGCCUAUUUGGCCUCAGAUAGCGAUGAAUCAGAAGUAGAGCACGAUGAUCAAGCGAAAAAUAAAUUGAAGGCAUUAGUAAUGGAUUCUGUCAAACUCGGAGAUAAAUCCAUUUUCGAUGGGAAAGAUGAUAAAGAGGACGAUGAAGUAGACAUGGAAAUCACCUUUACUCCAGGUUUAGACGAGCAAAAUCAUCAAACAUCUGACAACGACUUGGAGAAGGAAGAAAGCACCAUAGAUAAAAUCAAACGUAAAGAAAAGGAAAGGCGUAAGAAGAGAAAGCAAAGAGUAAAGGAAUUAAAGAAAGAGUCCGAAGUGAAGCUAAAAGAAACAUUGAAGAAGAAGAAUGAUGAUUUGGAUUCCGCUGACAACGACAAAAAGAAGGCAGAGUUGGAACUUUUGAUGCUUGAUGAAAAUGAAGCAGAAUCUAAUAUCAACACAAAGGCACACUUUAAUAUGAAAGAAAUACUUAAAUCUGAGAAAGAAAAAGCAAAGAAAUCGAAAUAUCAGAACAAAGACAAGAUUGUGGAGGAUGAGUUCACACCAGAUAUUAAUGAUCCUAGAUUUAAGGAAGUCUUUGAAGACCAUGAGUUCGCAAUUGACCCAUCGCAACCAGAAUUCAAGAAGACCCCAGCAAUGGAGAAAAUCCUCAAAGAACGUUCUAAACGUUCUAAUAAAAAAACUAAGAAUAAUAAGCGUAAAUCAGACGCUAUUGUGGACAGUGGCUCCAGUGAUAAGACCAAGAUCAACAGUUUAGUCUCGAAGCUAAAAAGUAAAAGUAAAAAGCAAAAGCAAAAUCGUUAA